CAACAAGCAUAAAUAUAUUAUCGUGGUUCACCAACAACAGUCCACCAUCUUCAACCCAUUAAACCUUCUCUUCAUUGAAGAAACAGUUUGUAGUUUCAUUUUCGCCGGAAGAACAAAUGGCAGCCGAGAAGAGCAAGAUUCUGAUCAUCGGUGGAACCGGGUACAUCGGAAAAUUUGUAGUCGAAGCUAGUGCAAAAUCCGGCCACCCAACCUUCGCUCUUGUUCGAGAAUCCACGGUAGCAGAUUCUGUGAAGGGUCCGCUUGUUGAGAGGUUCAAGAACUCUGGUGUCACUCUUGUUCAUGGUGAUCUGAAUGAUCAUGAAAGUUUAGUGAAGGCUAUUAAGCAGGUGGAUGUGGUGAUUUCAACUGUGGGUAAUAUGCAAAUAGGAGAUCAAACCAAAAUUAUUGCCGCUAUUAAAGAAGCUGGAAAUGUUAAGAGGUUUUUUCCAUCCGAGUUUGGUACGGAUGUGGAUCAUCAAAACGCGCUUGAGCCCGCAAGUUCGGCUUUCGCUGGGAAAAAGCAAAUCCGUCGGGCGAUUGAGGCCGAGGGGAUUCCAUACACAUAUGUGGCUUGCAACUGCUUUGCGGGUUACUUUCUGCCUACAUUGGUUCAGCCUGGAGCCACCAGCCCACCUAGAGAUAAAGUAACCAUUCUUGGCGAUGGAAAUCCCAAAGUUGUUUUUAAUGAAGAACAUGAUGUUGGUACUUACACAAUCAAAGCUGUGGAUGAUCCAAGAACAUUAAACAAGAUUCUUUACAUCAAACCACCUAAAAACACUUGCUCCUUUAAUGAACUUGUUUCCCUUUGGGAGAAGAAGAUUGGGAAAUCCCUAGAGAAAACCUAUGUUCCUGGGGAACAAGUUGUGAAGCUUAUUCAAGGGUCUCCAUUUCCGAACAAUCUUUUCUUAGCCCUCAACCACUCGAUUUUUGUAAACGGAGAUCUUACCAACUUCAAGAUAGAACCAUCGUUUGGCGUUGAGGCUUCUGAGCUGUAUCCGGAUGUGAAAUACACAACUGUUGAGGAAUAUCUUGAUCGAUUUGUUGAGUGAACGGCCGUGAUUUUACCUAUAUGACAUGAUCACAUAAGCGUAUUUGUUCUUUGUUUAAUAAUGUAAUUCUGAAUGUAUGGUGUGCUUCUAUGAUAUUGGAACGUCAAUGACAUUGUGUUUUAAAAUAAAUAAUUUUUGGAUCUUUGAGUUUGUA